UGACGCCCAAGUGCUACGCUAAGCAGGAGAUUUGAACAAGGGUCAACCCAGACGGACUCGGGCAUCAAGCAAAUGUAAGCCCACCCUUUGCUAUCGUGUUCGGAGAGCGCACCGAAUGGCAUUGCCAGACUGCCGGUGGGAACGGAGACUUGAGGAGCACGGCAUGCUGCGAGUUGCUGCAAGCCUUAGAAAGUCGGCAGCGUCACUUGUUACACUACAGUUGUGCAUGCGCCAGGCACCGGUAUAUCUCUGGUAUGAUACUGACUGACAAUGGAACAGCAGUGGACCAGCACAAGGACAAGGACCCGCGCCUUCUCCCUCCACACCUUUCAACCUAUACCCUUUGCUCCUUCCGCGACAUCAUCUGCAGCACCCAAGAUGUCUUACCACCGACCUUUAUCGCCGGGUGGUAGACGGAUACAGAACCCUGCAAGAGUCUCCGACAGCUUUACCGAUCCGUAUCAGCAGCCGCCAACUCGGCACCAUUCGUACAUUGCCUCCCCAAGAUCCAGCGGUGUCAUACCCAUUUCCACUGAGACGUUCAUCACCGUGCCGCAAUCGGCGCGUGAGCCUCCCAGAAGUGCUUACUCGGGCCGACCACGGCGCUCCUCGCUAUCUGAUAGUCAACGAUCCUCCACUACGGGUCAAAUACCUGUUCGCAGCAAACCGACUGUGGUCGUGGAUUCUGCCCGGCCAACAAGCCCUUUAAAAGGCACGCGUGACAGAGACUCGGCCUAUGACACAGUCACCCCAGCCACGUCACAGCAUAAGAAAGUGUACGCUGUCGGUGCCAAUGGAAAUGCCAAGCUUGUCGCGAAUGUGGACGUGCCUGCGGGAGGCAGCGAGCGCCAUCACAAGCGACGAGAGAGUGUUGAGCGGAGCUACAGAGGCGCAACGACGGACAAAGAUAGAGGCCGCAAGGAUUACCAUACUAGCACGCGUGGCCGUGGACGCGAUCGGAGCAUCGAUGAUGAAGGUGCCUACUCGUACACGGACGCGGCGGGCAUGUACAACACCACGGAACCACGGUGGCGCGAAGGCUUCCGUCCGAGGAGAGGCAGCAUGGAUCGUGGCGGCAGCCGGGACACUCGUCCGGUGAGCAUUGUUGAUCCGUCUUACAAUCCUAGAUCAUCUGCCAAGGAGCUGGGACCGCCGCCAAGCACGAGAGGCUGGGACAAAAUUGACGACAGUGCUCCUGUUCGAAGAGCCAGCACGCGCAAGGUGGCCGCAUCACCGACGCGAGGACGAGACUUCGCCCAUACCCCUAACGACCCUCGCGACUCCUAUUACGUCCCACCAAGAGCCAGCUCGAAAGAAGGCCGGUCCUUAGCCAUCUCCACUGAUGUGCCGCGUGAACGAUACGACCAGUAUGGUUACGAGGAGCGGCCGGCGCGCCACCAUGAGCGCCGUAACAGCGUAAGUCGUCGGGUGGAUCCGGAGGUUGCAACUCGAGGCUUCGGCAUCAGAAGCGCAAGUAAGGACCCUUAUGAACGGCGCAGCGAUGAGAGCAUCCAGGAGCGACACAAGUAUCGCGACUCUGGGUACGCUGAGCCACAUCGACGAGAUACUGCACCGGAGCUCCCUCAUCACGAAGAACGUCGGCUAGAGCAGGAGAAGCGCGAUCGCAUGCUUGAGCGUGAGCGACGGCGAGAUGACGAUCGUGGUUAUGAUCACGAAGUCGACCGUGAGAGAGCACGAGACCGUGAUCGUCAGUACGAAUCAGAAACCGAGCGUGAACGGGAGCGGCAACGUGUGAUGGAGCGUGAGCCAGAACGUGAGCGGCACCAUCAGCGACGUGAUACUGUUGAUCGUGAUUACCGGAAGGAGAAUGGUGGUGAUGGCGGGGCCAGUGGUCUUGCGAAAGCUGCUACGGGUGGCUUGGCAGUUGCUGCUGGUGCUUUCGGUCUUAACAAAAUUUUCAACAAAGACAAAGAUAAAGAUGGAGAACGCGAGAAGGACCGGGACCGAGACCGAGAUUACGACCGCGAGCGUGAUAGAGGUGAGAAAGACCGUGAUCUACCACGCCCCGAGAAAGAAGCUGAGCGGCAACGCUACGAAGAGCCGCCACGCAAGGAGCCUCGCGAACGGAGACAGCGGGGUCCGGACUCUCAUACUGAUGAUUCUGCGCCCUACGACGCCCGAGACCGCGAAGACCGCUACAAUGACACCGAUCGGGGGUUUGGCUUCGCCUUCGAGCGACCACCCGAGCCGCCGAAGGCAGCUCCGCCUAUCGACCGGCCCAGAGACUUCGAUCGCGAUGUAGCACGCAUGCCGCAAGAACGGGUACCGGAGCGUGAUUCCAGACCACCUCCUCCCGUUGACCGCUCGAGAGACCUUGAUCGCGAGCCAGCACGCGUACCACAAGAGCGUGUCCAAGAGCGCAACCUGGAGCGUGAGCACGGCGAGCCGAUUGCAGUGAUGCCUCAACCAGCCAUUGAUGCAGACGAGGACUACCGGCGCCGUAUGGAGCAGGUUCAGCGUGAGCUUGCACGUGCCGCCACUGAAGAGAAGGUCAGCUCCGACUCCGAUCCGGAUCGCGAGCGACGCCGACGUGAGCGAGAACAGAGACAGCGCGAGAAGGAGGAACGAGACUUUACAGAGCCUAAGCUGAAUGCUGGUGUUGGCCUGACGAAUUUCAACGAGCAGCCACCACCACCGCAACUCCGGCGAAGCUUCGAAGACACGAUGUCCGAUACCACUGCAUCAUCUGGUGGUCAGCACGCUCUCAGGAGGAAGCCGAGCAUACUGGACGAGCCAAUGACCGCUGAGCCUUACCAGAUCAUUGAUAACAGCGCUAGUGAUAGGCGAGAGAACCGUGUCCGCAUAGUUGACCCACCAACGGAAGAGGAGGACAGAAAGCCAAAGGGCAUCCUCAAGAGGCCGACCCAGAAGUUUCCAGAGCAUCCGAAUGCGAUGCGAGAGGGCGUGGCACCGUUGAAAGAUGCCACCGCUAAGGGUAUCCCACCCGGCGCGCGCUGGACCAAGAUUGACCGCAAACUGGUCAAUCCAGAAGCUCUUGAAGAGGCUAAAGAGCGCUUCGAAGAGCGGCUUGACUGUGUCAUCGUCUUGCGCGUACUCACCAAAGAGGACAUUCAGAAGCUCGCAGAUCGGACACGCGAGAUCAGAGGUAAACGCUACCCUUCCCGCGGUGAAUCUGACUACAUUUACGACAUGCACGACACCGCUACACGCGAUCGCACCGCAACUCACGCGCAAUCGGAGCGCGGUCGCAGAUUCCCCAAGAAACGCAUGUGGAUCGUCCACGGCUCUCGUGACUUCAUGAAUAUCUUUAAGCACUCACUGACACCCUAUUCUUACCCUGCAGAUGAGCGAUACGAAGAAGAGCGGGCCGAACGUAAGGCCGCGAAGCGUAAAGAGCGGCAGAAGGCGCGGAAGGAGGGCGAUGAGUAUAGCGAUGAUAGUGCGGAUGAGUGGAAGGAGCGGGCGCCGAAGAUGCUUGAGGCGGCGCCGUCGAGUGUGGGUGCCGGUGCUGGUGCUGCGAGUGAGGCGGAUUUUGUGAGGGAGAAUCGAGAUCGGAGGCGGGAAAGGGAGGGCGAGCGUGAGGGACAGUAUGCUAUGAGUGGUGGGCUUGGGAGGCGGGAUGAGAGGGCGUAG